UCCCAAAUAUGGAAGUUCCGGAUGCGCACAUAGCGGCUGCUCAGUUGAGUGACAGCAGGGAAAGCGGGACACGAGCACCAGAUCCGCUUAAACCGACCCAUAUCUCGUCUUUAAUACAGAAUAUAAACCAGAAUACAUCUCCAGAGGUAAUAUUCCGGAUUAUUGCCAUGGAGGCACUGGUUGAGCGACUGGAGAAGGCUGUGAUUCGUCUGGAGGUGGUGGCCGCCAAACUGCAGAACUGUCCUGGUGGCUUGGUCAAUGGUGACAUCAUCAACAUAAUCAAUGGAGGGGAAAUCCAGAGCAUGGAGGCAUUUGACCAGUUGUUAAAUGGACCAGUGUCUGAAUAUAUAAAGUCCAGCACAGCUAUUGGUGGAGAUGUGGCAACGCAUGCAGAGAUGGUAAACAAUGCCCUGCAGGUCCAACGUAUCUUCCUCAAAAUGGCCACCACACACCAGGAGCCGUCAAAGACGGAGCUGACCGACCUGCUCCGGCCUCUUUCCGAGCAGAUCCAGGAAGUCCAGAAUUUCCGGGAGAAGAAUCGUGGAAGCAGCUUGUUCAAUCACCUGUCUGCCGUGAGCGAGAGCAUCCCGGCUCUGGGCUGGGUGGCUGUGUGUCAGAAACCAGGGCCCUACGUGAAGGAGAUGAAUGACGCUGCAAUCUUCUACACCAACAGAGUACUGAAGAACUACAAAGACACUGACCCUCGUCAUGUCGAGUGGGUGCAUUCUUAUCUGAGCAUCUGGACUGAACUUCAGAACUUCAUCAAGGAGCAUCACACCACCGGGCUGGUCUGGAGCAAGACUGGUCCCAUUGCCCCUACCUCGCUGUUCAAUGCUUCUCCUGAUGGUCUUUGCCCUCCACCACCACCACCACCAGGUCCUCCUCCAGUGUUCAUGGAUAACAACUCUAAAGCAGACGACACAGCAGCCCAACACUCAGCUCUAUUUGCACAGCUUAACCAAGGAGAGGCCAUUACCAAAGGUUUAAAGCAUGUGUCUGAUGAUCAAAAGACGCAUAAGAACCCAACCCUGCGCCCUCAGGAAAAGACACACCACGGCUCUCCGGCCAAAAGUCCGAACUUCAGCUCAUCUGGCCACGCACCUGCCAAGAAACAUUCCCCUGUACUGGAGCUGGAAGGAAAGAAGUGGAGGGUGGAGUACCAGGAGCAAACUCAUGACCUGGUGAUAGAAGAGACUGAACUCAAACAGGUGGUUUAUGCAUUCAGCUGUAGCAAUUGCACACUCCAGAUCAAAGGGAAAAUCAACUCCAUCAUAGUGGAUAAUUGUAAGAAGCUUGGACUGGUGUUUGACAAUGUGGUGGGCAUUGUUGAAAUCAUCAACUCUAAAGAUGUUCAGCUUCAGGUACUGGGAAAAGUUCCUACCAUUUCCAUUAAUAAAACCGAGGGGUGUCAUGUGUACUUGAGCAAGGAUUCACUUGACUGUGAGAUUGUCAGUGCCAAGAGUUCAGAAAUGAACAUCUUAGUUCCUAAGGGAGAAGAUGAUUAUAGGGAGCUUCCUGUUCCAGAGCAGUUUAAAAGCGUUUGGGACGGGUCCAGUCUGGUCACAGAGCCUACAAAGAUCGCCGGGUGAUUCCUCACCUUUUCCAGCUCGCCGUCUCUUUCCUCCUACCCAGAAUUCUUCAUGCACUUUCACUGUAUCACACUGUUAGAUAAACUGUUAGAUAAGAGGUCAUACACCUUGUGGUUGUGAGAAUUGUAGAUGUAAGGUUAGACAAAAAAUUAAGAAUAAAAUAUUUAUUUUGUCCCCACACGUUCAUGAUCAUCCUUUGAUAUUUUACACCAUUAUGUAUUAAUCUGCAUUUAUCAGCCAACAACUCAAAGUGCUGUUUAUUUAAAAAGAGUAUCAAGUGACUAGUUUUUUUAGGGGCGGUUUCCCGGACCAGGAUUAGCUUAAUCAAGGACUAGGCCUUAGUUUAAUUAGGAAAUGUAACUAGUUUUAAACAACAUGCCUUACUAAAAACAUUACCUGUGUGCAUCUUGAAGUAAAACAAAGGGCCCUGAUGUAUUUUAAGAUCUGUAAGUGAAAGUUGUUUUCAGUUUGGAGAGCUCUUAAAAGUUUUUAAGUCUAGGACUAGUCUAAUCCCUGUCCGGGAAACCGCCCCUUAAUCUCAUUACAUAAAUAUUAGAUAAAUUACUUAUUUAUUAGUGCUGGGCAUAGAUUAAUCUAGAUUAAUCGCACAGAAAAUAAAAGUGCAUUUUUGCAUAAUAUAUGUUUGUGUACUGUGUGUAAUUAUUAUGUAUAUUUAAACACACACACACACACACAUAUGCAUUUCAGAACAUUUUUAUUUAUAUAUCCAUUUUUUGUUUGGUUUAUAUAUAAUAUGGAAUAUAUAAAUAUAUACAUUCACAGGUAAAUGUUUCUUAAAUGCAUACAUGAAUGUAUGUGUAUUUAUAUAAUAAUUACACACAGCACACACUCAUAUUAUGCAAAAAAAUACUUUUAUUUUGUAUGCGAUUAAUCUAGAUGUAUCUAUGGCCAGCACUAAUAUUUAUACAAUUUAUGUGUUGACUGCAUAAAUGCUCAGUUUAAUACAUCUUGGUACUGCAGUAAUAGAAUUGGAUAAGGUCCUAAGUGAAUGAAAAAAUACAUUUAAGACAAUGUAGUCAUAAAUAAAUUAAUUAGCUUUUUGAUGGGGUCCGUUUUCACAGAUUGCACUUGGUAGUAGACAAACUACAAUAGUGAUUUAGCAACACUGAAAAAAAAUGGUUGUGUUAACUAAGAUUUUAAGUUGAAUUCAAUUGAAUUUUAAGGCAACCAGGUAACCAAUUGUUUUACAGUAGCAAUAAUGGGGUAUUUUUACUUUAAAGGGACACAGGUCUUCUCUGUUUCAGAUUUGACAAUUUAUUUUGUUUACAUCCCACCUUACAUAUUGCCUUCUGCAGAAAGCAAAAUGUUUUUGUUUAGGUAAAUUAAAUGGAAAUGUUGUGUUCAAAUGGAACUGUAAGCAGAAAUGUCAAUGGGAAUUAUUUAAAUCAAAACACUCUUUACUCUUAGUGUGUGAAAAUGAUCUGCAAAUGAAUGAGUGCCUCUGAGGAUAUUUUUAUAAGAUUUUAUAUUACUUUAAUAUCGUUUUAAAACAGCACGCUCAAUUUUGUCCGGCAUUUCUGAAAUUUCCUCCAGAUUUACAUUGACAGGCGUAUGCUAUAACCUAAAUAAAUCGAAUAAUUGGGUAUAGCCUGCAAUCAAAUUUAAGUUGUACAAAACUGUUUCCUAGUUGUACUUAUAUUGCACUCUUGUCUAUAUAAAUGCACAUUAAAUGGCAGUUUCCCGGACAGGGCUUAAAUCUAGUCCAAGACUAAAAUGUUAGUUUAAAAAAAUCAGCUUGCACUGGCAUAUCUUAAAGUAUAUCAGUGACAUUGUUUUGUCUUAAGAUGGACCCCGGUAAAGUUUUAUUGUAAGGCAUGUUUAUAAAAAAAAACUACUUAAAUCUCCUAAGAUAUCUAGGUCUACUCUUGGAUUAAUUAAAACCUUGUCCGGGAAAUAAAUGUCCUGUCCUAAAUGUUUAUAAGUCUUGAACACCAUUUUGACCGUAUGCCAACAUGUGUUAAUGUGUAGCAAUCUUAAGUCCUUAAAAGGAAUUAUGUCACAUUUGUUUUGUUAGUGAGCCGAUUGCAUAUUUAGUACACAAGGUGGAAUUUACAGUAUGUGUGCUUAAAUUGUAUUUUACCAUUAGAAAGUAUUUUCACGAUAACAAAUUGGGUUGAAUUAAAUAAUUGUGAACUCAUUAUGAUGUAUUUGUACUGUAAUUGUCAUUUACAAUCUCCUGUACCUUAAUAAAUGUUGAAAUUCA